CAGGGAGUGCUACAUAUAGUACAUUUAUUUGUGCAUUUAUGGAAGGAGUCUGGUGGAAAAUAGCCUUUUUUCUAAACUGACUGAAAUUGCCUAUUCAAACUGUUACUUCUCUUUCAAUUUGAACUCCUGUGUCCGUCCCAUUUGAAAAGGGGAAAACACGGCUAUUGGGAAACACUUAAAGGAACUUGUCAAAAGAGAUUAUAUGUUUUAUCUUGUAUUCCUUUCCACAAUGAGCCAAGGCAUAAUCAAGGAGGAAAUUCUUCGCGAUGAUCUAAAAUACUACUUCAUGAGCCCUUGUGAGAAAUACAGGGCCAGACGCCAGUUACCAUGGAAACUGGGGGUGCAGAUCCUGAAAAUCGUCAUGAUCACAUCACAGCUUAUCUUGUUUGGACUGAACAACCAGCUUGUGGUUUCCUACAAGGAGGAGAAUGCUAUGACCUUCAAGAACCUGUUCCUCAAGGACUAUAGUGGAGUUGAUGAGGACGAUUACAGUGUAGCUCUUUACUCCCAACAAGCCGUCUAUGACAGUCUGUUCUAUGUGCUGGAUCAGUACCGCCAGUUGGGGCGCCUCUCUGUGGGGCCUAUCAGUUACGCUGAGGAGGAUGGGAAACUGUUACCUCUGGUCAUCUGUAAGGAGUACUACAAGAGAGGCAAUGUGGAACCCUCGGACGAUGCCUACGACAUUGAUGCUCAGUUAGAAAAAGUUUGUAUGACACAUGAUCCAACAAACGUGAGCCAGUGGAAAGCAGAAAAUGUGUCUUUUUUCAAUCUGGAAUUUUACAGGCUUGUCGAUAUCAAGAUCACUUUUCAACUUAAAGGAAUCAACCUGCAAACAGUGCGCUCACAUGAGUUACCGGACUGUUAUGUAUUUUUUGUUACGAUCACAUUUGAUAACCAGUGUCACAGCGGAAAGAUAAAAAUCUUCCUUGACAUUGAUGCACUGAGCAGUGCGUGCAAAAACUGGACGAUUUCAGGGACUGCUCAGAAGAACACACACUACCUUCUGGUGUUUGAUGGCUUUGUCAUACUGGUUUGCCUGACCUCGGCCGUGCUAUGCACACGCUCCAUCGUUCUGGCAGUCAAAUUACUGCAGAGAUUUUCCAGGUUCUUCCGUGAGAAUUAUAAUCACAAGGUGUGUGAGACUGACAAAAAGGAGUUUUUAAAUGGCUGGUAUGUUUUGGUGAUCGUCAGUGACGCUAUGGCCAUAGUAGGAUCCAUAUUGAAGAUGGAAAUACAAGCAAAGAGUCUUACCAGCUACGAUGUGUGCAGCAUCUUUCUGGGAACUUCUACGCUGAUGGUGUGGGUGGGAGUGAUCAGGUACCUGGGUUACUUCCAAAAGUACAAUGUGCUCAUCCUGACUAUGAAGACUGCCUUCCCCAAGGUGAUCCGCUUCUGUUGCUGUGCUGGCAUGAUCUACCUGGGGUACACAUUUUGUGGCUGGAUUGUACUUGGCCCUUACCAUGAAAAGUUUGAGGGCCUGAGUCGGGUGGCCGAGAGCCUGUUCUCGCUGGUCAAUGGCGACGACAUGUACACCACCUUUGCACAGCUGAAGGACAAAAACAGCCUGGUGUGGCUGUUCAGCCGCGUCUACCUUUACUCCUUCAUCUCCCUCUUCAUCUAUAUGGUGCUCUCGCUCUUCAUCGCCCUCAUCACAGACGCCUACGACACCAUCAAGAACUACCAGAAGAAUGGUUUCCCCAUGACAGACCUGCAGAGGUUCCUGAGAGAGCAGAAUGAUUUCCCCCCUAGUGAGGAGGGCAGCGAGAUGGACACAGAGACUGGAAUGGGACACCCAGCACUGUGCUGUUGCAGACGGGCUCCAAGCAAUGAUGACAUCAUACUCAUCAGCUGACAGCAGCCACACCUGGGAAUGUUGGGAGCAGAGGAUGAUUCUGGAAAUUGGGAACCCGGAACUCUGAAAUACAGGAAAGAACCCUGAUGGAAAUACUGUUCAAUAAUAUUUGGGAUCAUGCAGGUUUUAAUAGGCAGAAUAUGUAUAUUUUCCCUGGAAACAAAUGUGGAAUAUAAGUGCCAAAUAAUUCUUUAUAUUGCCUUUUAAACAUUAAACUAAAAGCCAUGUAUGAUAUCUGCUGGUUCAGAGCCAGUGGCUCUGUAUUAGCAAAGAGAAGGAAGAUAUUGAAAACAAUAAGUGUCCACUCCACCUCUGAGGAAUGUGCCUGGAUAAAUGUAGCCACUCUCAAAUUCAUAGGCGGGGCUAUGGAUGCAAGGACUAACCAUCAUGACAUCAAAAUUAUAGUUAACUAUGUUUUGUUGCUAUACAGUGUUUUACUUUGUUUACAAACAUUGGCGGGAAAAAAAAGUUUAUAUUUUGGGUUCUAAUGGUGUACGACUGUUGAACUAAGCUCAUGAGGCAUUUUCACAGGGACAUUCUUCAGAGGUUUACAGGACCAGAAAGUCACUUCAGGCAAGCACAGGGAGAGCAUGUCUGCUAUGUGAUUCUGAUGCCCUUCGUAUGUAUGCAACAUUAAUGUGAAACACAUGUAAUUUAUUUUUCGGUGUUUCAUAGAUUUGUAUGUUCAAAAUAAAUCUGUGAAUGCACUACUAAAAAUAAUUUUUCUUUAUCAUUUGUCUAUUAUUUUGUCCAUAUCGGUAUUUUGUCCAUUUUGGAAAUACCAUUGUGUCUAAGACCACCAUUAAUUUUCAGUAAAUAGAAAAGGUAAUGCAGUCACUUGCAAAAGGAAGAAGGUAAAUCACAUAAUCCACUCAUGCUAUGUACUUAGUAAUUGAACUUGGUAAUUGAACUUUGGAAUAAAGAGCUCAUGACACCUGUAA